AUGACACUCACAAACAUACUCGAACAUGACAUUUCUACCCUGAACGUUGAUGAUCUGGAACAUAUCAUCAACGAACUAACCAAUGUGAUCUACUCUGCAUGUCGAGCCAGAAUGCAUGUUAAAAACCGGGGAACAAAGCCUAAGGCUCCUUGGUGGACGGAGGAGUUGGAGAUCCUCAAGCGAGAGGUGGUGGAUUUACACCAUCAGCUCCACGCUGCCAAGCGCCAGGGUAUGCCUCUGGAACAUAUUUUAGAAACGAGGAAACAAAAAAGGAACUAUAUGCCAACAAGAGGCAUUUUCGUGAGUUUUGCGAAUUGCAAACUAAUGAAAAUAUCUGGUCACUCACGAACAGACUCCUCAAAAAUGCCACCUCUAGCUGCCCACCAGUCACCCUCAAUAGGGGCUCCACCUACACCACAGACAGCCAGGAGACUGCCAAAGCACUCCUUGACCACUUCUACCCUGAUGACUCACCAGACACCUUAA